AUGACCGUCACUGUCCUAGCCACUCCUACAACUCAGACGAAACGUCGCGAACCUCUGAGGGUAAUUGAUAUGGCAUCGUCCCAGGCGCGGGCGCGUCAUGCCGCCGCGCCUGGCGGGACCGGUAAAAGCGGCGGGAGACGGACGCGGUCUAGUAUGGACAAGCGGGAGACGAUCGACGAAAGUGUAAAUGGGGAUAAGAAGCGCAAGGCUGGUGAGUUGUGCUCGGUGGUUUACAGGGGUGACGGUACUGACCGGGUUUCUGAUGGUGGUGCAGGGGUCUACGACGAGGAUAUAGAAGGAUUCCAGUUCUCGCGCAUUACGAAUAAAAAGCAGAAAGCGUCCAAAAGUACCGAGCAGCCGGCUCUUCCGGCUCCAGAGGAACCAGCGCCGCAGCCUUCGCCGAGGAGGGGCCGACCGCCGAAGAAGCGAGCGGAAGAGAAGGCGAGCGAUGUAGCGGAACCGAAGAAGGCUUCAGAGGGGACGGGCAAGCGGCAAACGCGAGGGAGGGCGAAACAGGCUCCGGCGCCGGAGCCAGAGCCAGAGCCAGAGCCGGAAACCGAACCUCAACCACAGCCUCGAACCGAACGGAGUAAGCGCUCAUCGCGAAAACGGGACGAAGGAGAGCAGGUUCAGGCUCAGCAGGUCCCUGUUGAAAAGAAGCGGAGGAAAGGUCGGCCGAGCAAAUCUCAUGAGCAGCAGCGGAAUGGAUUCGUGUCUCCAGAACAACCGCAGGCUGAGACGGCUACUACGAUUGCUCUUCCUGUGGCGGAUACGCCGGUUAUUCAGAGAAAUCGGGAGAUGCGGGGGAAAAAGUCAGGCAAGGGAAGCCGGCGGAGUAGUCUCAGCAUGAGGGGGCGGCGGGCCAGCUCGUUGAUUGAUUCCGGCGCAUCGAACGCGUUGCCUCACGAUAAAGUGAAUACGGCGGAAUUCUACAAGCACAUCGCGGCCGACGGCUUAGUAGAGCCCCGGCGGAUGAGGCAGCUUCUGAUUUGGUGCGGUACGCGGGCAUUGUUGGAUAAGCCGUCGGGCUCGCGCUCGGGAGACGAGAGCGCCCGAUUAGCAGCGCGCGUGAUUCAGGAGGAGUUAGUCAAAGAUUUCGCCAGCAAUUCGGAGCUUUCAAAUUGGUUCUCGCGAGAGGACACGGCUCCCACGGUAGUGGUGAAGAAGGCCAAUCCGAAGAACGUGCAGAAUCAGGAUAAGAUCAAGGAGUUGGAGGAGCAAAUACAAAAAUUGCAAAAAGAGAGGCAUGCUCUCAACGCGUUAUUACGCCCUCCCUCAAUACCAAGGACAAAGUCGAAACAGGUGCCAAACGGGCAAUCAGACAAACAACCGCCAGAGCCUUCACCACCAGCAUCUUCAGACGAACACAUCGACCCAUCAGUGUUAGACCCCUCUCAACAGCAAAUCCUCGCAUCUCUACGCCCAACCACCGCAAGGCAAGACACACAACCACCCCCUCAACCCGACCAACCACAACCAGAACCACAAUCUCAACCCCUCGAAUCCAAACCCGAACCCAUCCUCCCACCAAUGCCACCACCCUCCAUAUCCACCCGCCUCUCCAAAAUAACAAGCCGCCUCGCCCCAACCAUCGACUCCUUCGCCGCAGGCCUCCACGACGUCGAGCUCUACCGCUCCAUGUCCGACGCCGUCUCAUCAAAAGCACUACAGAUCUGCGCUGAGCGAUUAGAAGAGCGUGAUGCGCGGAACGCACUGCGACGACUAGCCAUCACGGCACCAGGGGACGCAGAAGCCGAGACAUCGGGGCAAGGAGAAGGAGAAGGAGAAGAAGGGAUCCCGUUCCGAACAAGAUCACGAACACGCCCGAGGGAAGAUCUAGGACCCAUUCUGGGCGCGCUGAGUCGGGUCGAGAGGCGGUGA